AUGAAGACCAAUUUUUAUGUAUAUUUGCUACUGGCUGGGCUUCACACUGUUGCCCAUGCUCAGCUUGUUACCAGCCACCAUGAUCCAAAUGAACCUAAAGACCAUGUGCAUUACGCAGGUGAAGCGAUCGCUUGCCUCAAACUAGUGCCAAGCAAUGCUGACUUUGCAUUUCAUUUUUUUAACAAGGUUACACUCGAGGAGCCUAAUAAGAACAUUUUCUUCUCUCCUGUAAGCAUCUCCACUGCCUUUGCAAUGCUGGCCCUAGGGGCUAGGUCAACCACACAGACUCAGAUCCUGGAAGGACUCGCCUUCAACCUUACCGAGAUUCAGGAGAAAGAGAUACAUGAAGGCUUCCACAACCUCAUCCACAUGCUGAGCCAUCCCGAGAGUGGGGUCCAGCUCAACAUGGGGAGCGCUAUCUUUCUAACGGAAAAGCUGAAACCAGUAAAAAAGUUUUUAGAUGAUGCCAAAGCUUUGUAUCAACUGGAGACUUUAACCACCAACUUUAACAAUCCCACAGAAGCUGAGAAGCAGAUCAAUGAUUAUAUAGAGAGGAAAACACAUGGGAAAAUUACUAAUUUGGUCAAGGAAAUGGAUCCACAGACUGUAAUGCUCCUGGCUACCUUUGCUUUCUUUAGAGGCAACUGGGAAACGCCUUUUAAACCAGAGAACACUGAAGAAAGGGAGUUCUUUGUGGAUGCUGAAACUAUUGUGAAAGUCCCUAUGAUGUAUCAGACAGGCAGAUUUGACUUGUAUUUCGAUGAGGAGCUGUCUUGCACCGUGGUACGUCUUCAUUACAACGGAAGUGCUACAGCAUUUCUAGUUCUACCAGCAAAAGGGAAAAUGAAGCGGUUAGAGCAAGCGCUGGUCAAGGAAACCAUCCGGGAAUGGUCAGACCAUCUACUCCAGAGCAAAGUGAGACUCUACUUCCCCAAAUUUUCCAUCUCUGGGAGCUAUGAAAUAACACACAUCCUUAGCAAGAUGGGAAUUGUGGACGUGUUCACCGACCAGGCAGAUCUCUCUGGCAUCACUGGUGCACCAGAGCUGAAGGUUUCUAAAGUUGUCCAUAAGGCUGCUCUGGAUGUUGAUGAGAGAAGUACUGAGGCGGCAGCAGCAACUGCUGCUGAAAUAAUGACCAUGUCUCUUCCUCCUGCCAUUGAAUUCAACCGUCCCUUCCUCAUGCUGAUUUUCGAUAGAGAUACAAACAGUACCCUCUUCAUAGGAAAAAUAGUUAACCCAACUAUCACUAGCUGA